AGACAUUAUCGAUUGUUCUUAUAACGUACUUCCACCUAGCAGAAAUCAUUUAUUCCAGCGAUGCCCGCUUUGGUUUAAAGAGUCAUGGGUGACUGCUAUCAUAGACAAGAAGAGAGGAUAGGUCGCGUCUUUGGUUUGUAUGGACGCUUUCUGGAACGGCAUCCUGUCAAAGUUCUAGCUAUUGCUAUCUCUGUUAACUGUCUCCUUGGCCUUGGUAUGCUUAGACUUGAAACAGAAAGUGGAUCUGAGAAAUUUUACACACCAGAAAACAGCCAAGCUUCAAAAGAUCGAGAUUUUUUAAAGAAUGUGUAUCCAAGUAACUCUGAUUUCUACUCGCACAAAGAGUCGUCCGACUUCACAGAAGUGCUCAUUCUAACAAAGGACAGGGGAAACAUGCUGACAUCAGCAUUUUUAGAUGAUGUCACGUCUGUUGACAACUAUGUACGCAACUCAAUUUCCGUCAAUAAUAAAACAUUUGCUAACAUAUGUGCCAAACAGAAUGGCAAUUGUGUAGUGUCUGGGGACAUCUUCUUGUCAAAUGAUUUCAAACAGAUGAUGCUGGCAAACAAUAUCACAUACCCAAUAUUCAAGGAGUCUUCUAUAAGUUUUCUUCUUGCAAGAGCAUCUUCUUCUAGCGGAAUACUCACAUAUGCCAUGGGCCUGAAACUAACCUAUUACCUCAGUGGAGCGAAUUCUAAGGAAUGGGAAAAAGCUUUUGUUGAAUCCAUUUCGGGUGCUGUUGUUAAUGUCUCUGAAUUGGCUCCAUCUUAUUCUCGUGCGUUAGAUGAUGAACUGGAGAAAAAUAUUGGGGGAGACAUUCUUUUCUUCGCUUUGACGUUGACGCUAAUGAUGACGUAUGCAUCCAUUGCCACAUCGAGACAGAAUUGUAAUUUCAUAGCAGACAGAAGUCUUUUAGGUCAAGCAGGUGUUUUGGCGGCUGGUCUCUCUAUCGUGUCCUCUUUUGGUUUACUGAGUCUUAUUGGAGUGAAGUAUAUAAGUAUUGUCAGUGUUAUGCCUUUCCUUAUCAUAGGCAUUGGUAUCGACGAUGUCUUUAUUUUAAUGUCUGGUAUUGCUGAUGCUGAGACUAUAGAAAAUUCCAGCGUAUCGGACAGAAUUUACUUUAUGAUGAAGACCAGUGGAAUCGCCAUCACAAUCACCUCCAUCACGGACUUCCUGGCGUUCCUGAUCGGAGCAAGUUCGGUUUUCUUAAGCGUCCGAAAUUUCUGCAUUUAUACUGGUGUUGCAGUACUUUUUUGCUACAUCAAUCAAAUCACUGUUUUCUCUGCGUGCAUAGCAAUCAAUGAAAAGAGGAUUAAAGGCAAUCGACACUGUGUGGCAUGCUGUAUAAGGACAAAAGAUAGGGAAUCGCUGAGGAAAGAUGGGAAAACAGGAUGCUCACUUUACGCAUGUGCUGGAUACCCACCAAAAGAACGAGACGAUGUCGACAGCCCUUUGGAGAAGUAUCCAAAAAGAUUCAUCCAAAAAAUUAUGAGCUACCUAGCCCUGAAGAUAAUAAUCAUAUUUAUUUUUGUAAUUUACUUUGGAUUCUCUGUUUUUGGUGCUGUCCAUCUUAAACAAGGGUUAUCUCUUCCAAACCUUGUCACGGAAGACUCCUUCUUUUACAAAUACAGUACCUGGCUUGAGAAUUACUUUACAACGGAGAUCGUUAUGUCGUUUAAUGUCAAGACAACCCAGACGUACUCAUCUUCUUGGACUCAAGGAGUAAUAACAUCGGUUCUUACUACAGCAAAACAAGACAAGGACAUAGAUCACGCAUUUGAAUUGAACUGGCUAUCUGCCUUUAAACAAUCUGCACUGUAUGUGGACACCUCUGAAUCUGCCUUCAUUGCUGCUCUCCAGACGUUCCUGACAAAUGUGCCACUGUAUGCUAGUGAUGUGGUGAUAAAUUCUGCUGGAACGAGCAUUACCUCUUCUAGAUUCUACUUGAAAACCAAUAGCUUAAAGUCUUCUUAUGACCAAGGGAAGAUGAUGCUGCGCAUGCGGGAAGUGACUUCAAAUUCUGCGAUUCCCAUGAUCGUGUACGCUGAUCCGUUCAUUUUCUUCGAACAGUUUGUUGAAAUUCUUCCAAGUACAUUGCAAACUGUUGGAAUUGCCAUAGCUGUAAUAAUCUUCGUCACGAUCGUCUUCAUGCCUCAUCCAACCCUGAUCGUUAUUGUCGGGGCUACCCUGUUUACUAUCCUACUAGGGGUAUUCGGCUUUAUGUACUUCUGGGACAUUUCACUGAGUUCCAUCACCAUGAUACACCUAGUCAUGACCGUUGGGUUCUCUGUAGAUUUUAGCGCCCAUAUUUGCCACGCCUAUCUUGCUGUAGAUGCAGACGACAGGGCCACAAAAGUUCACCUCGCCUUAGACAGAUCCGGAGGACCUAUAUUUAACGCGGCAUUUUCUACCCUCUUAGGCGUUUCUAUUUUAGGAUUUGCAAACAGCUACAUCUUUAAAACUUUUGGACAAAUGAUGUUUCUUGUGAUAUUUUUCGGUCUUGUCCAUUCAGUUCUUUUGAUUCCAGUGGUACUUUCAUUUAUUGGCCCAUUAAAAAGUAAAAAAGAAGACAAAGGUGAUGGAAAGAAGUCAAUUACAAAUUUACAAAGUUCUAAAACAACUUCAGUAAUUCCUCUUUAAUAUUGGAAUACAUAUACAUUUAAGUUAAGCGACGCCAUUUUUCAUUGUUAAAAGGAAAAAUUGAAGAUAAUACUCAGAUGAAAAUCAAAAUGAAUGCAUUUAUGACAUA